AAAAACCCCAUCCCACCAUCACUUCCCCAUUCAACUUCUAGUUGUGGGACUUUUCCUGACCGUUCAAAAUCCAUCCAAGUAAUCCGCAUAUGGGUGAAGAAUUGUGGGAUUAGCCGGUAUGGAGGAGGCUAACAAGGGCCAUUCAAUCGGUGUCUACAGUGGUGAUCAGGAGAUGGGGAUUGCCAACGUGUUCAAGGAUGAAGACAUUGCAGCGGAUCAGGAGUCAACGACUCACAACUUCCCACGAAAAAAGGAUCUCGAUUUCGCACGCAUGGUGGUGGCUGAGAUGGUGGGCACGUUUGUAGUAAUGUUCUCAAUAUGUGGUAUCAUAGCUAGCACAGAGCUUACUAAAGGUGAGGUGGGCCUCUUGGAGUAUGCAUCCACCGGUGGCUUUGCAAUAAUUGUGGUGAUCUUCGCUAUAGGGCCCAUCUCCGGCGCACACAUGAACCCCUCCAUCACCAUCGCCUUCGCAACCUUAGGCCAAUUUCCAUGGUGUCGGGUGCCCAUUUAUGUAACGGCUCAGAUGUUAGGUUCGGUGUCCGCAACAUACGUUGGCAAGUUCGUUUAUAACAUGCAUGCAGAUUUUGCAAACACCAGACCGGUGCAUGGACUCAAGACAGCCUUUUGGGCUGAGCUCAUUGCAACCUCCUUCAUCAUGUUCCUUGCAUCGGCAUUGUCAAGCAAUGCUCAAUCCGUGGGGCAGCUAUCCCCUGUUGCAGUUGGAGCAGCCAUUGCACUUGGAGUUCUGAUCACAGGCCCGGUGUCUGGAGGAUCGAUGAAUCCGGCAAGAUCAUUUGGGCCUGCUGUUGUUUCUUGGAAGUUCGAUCAUGUAUGGUUGUAUCUCGUCGCGCCUACCAUUGGAGCUGUAGUGGGCGCUCAUCUCUUCCGAUUGCUGCGACUUCAGCCCAGGCAUUGCCACCCAACUCCCUUCUAAAUGCAAUAUUGCCUACCAAUGAAUCCCAUUUGUGAGAGUGGAUCUUAUUCUUCAAAUCUUUAAAAAGUAUAAGAUUAUAGUAUCCAUCAAGAACGUAAAGAGACCUUGUCCAAGGGAUUUCUUAUUGGUCUGUCUGUUACCAUUAUCAUUAUUUAACUCACUGGUCAUUUCCCACAUGCAAUAAUAGAUACUUUUAAAAGGUUAGGAUGAGAUAAACGGUUAUGAUUGUUUUGUAAUAGGUGUGGCAUUUCAGAAAUGAUUGGGAUGGCUGAGGAU